CGGACGGAGCCAGGAGUCGUCAGGUCGUAGGAAGGAAAAAAGAAAAGUCGUAUUUUCGGUCCGAUCACCGAGCUGGCUGGUCGCGCGCGGUUCGUGCGUUCGUGUGAUUUUCUUUCCCGUUUUUCCCAUUCUUUUGCUUCAUUUCGCUACCCAUCGUCGUCACAACAGGCACUGGCGGAUCCAGUAGGAAUUUCUGGAUAAAAAGAAUGGUGAAGUUGUUCAGUGCGAGAUAACGGAGCAAUUAUUUCUCAGUGGAGAAGAACCAGAAACGAUUAGUUUUGGGGCGCAGAAAUCGCCCCAUUUUGAGGUCAAAAGUGCAGUCAGAAGGCAGUGUAAUCGAAGAAGAAGCAGAGGAGAAGGAGGAAGAGGAAACCCAUUACGAAGCAGACAGUAGAGUAGAAAAUCUGUAGGCGCUCUAUCGCCAGACGUAAAAACUCCAUUUUUCCCGUGUAUUUAGUUCUUCCUCUUUCACGCUCGCACAAACGGGCAUAGGCGAGUAAGCAGUCCAGAGGAGCGCAGAGUUCUCCUGUUUGAGAGGCGCUUGUUUGUCCAAAAAAAAAGGAAAAGAAAAAAGAAACUACGGCGACGACGAGUACUACAGUCAGUACACACUGCUACUACGACGACGUAGGCGAAGACGGCGACAGACGGCCGUGUAGUCAGUGGCAGCAGCAGCAGCAGCAAAAGUCGUUCGUCGGAGAGAAAGAGAGCCAGCUUUUCCAGAAGUGAAAUGGAGCAGUAGCUGUAGCAGGAAAAGUGUCUUCCAAGUUCCAAGAUUUUAAUUGAGCCCAAUUGGCCGCUAGAGAUCCAGUGUGUGCGCGAGUGCGGAGAAAUUGAUAAUUUGCAUUCGAGGACGACGGAGGAGCACGGCUCGGGCAAUUUAUUGCUGAUCGAAGAAUCGAAUGCACGUAUACACGCAAAGGCUUGCAGCAGCAGUUGAGUCAGUCAGUGGCGACGACGACGACGUCGCCUUCGUCGGGCAUUAGAUCAGGAGGCGUUCGGCGAAGAGAAGAAGGAGAAGGAAAGCGGAACAAAAUGAAGCCAUAACACCUACGUUUGCAUUUGCCAUCUGCUCGGGAAAAAGGCAGAAAAGGGCCAGUUCCGGUGGGAAAGUGGCCUCGGGCGACAGUGCCAAGGCUAGUUCCGUCCCGAAAGCGUCCCGUGACGGGUCCAGCCCGGAGUGGACAGUGACGUUUGAAUCAUAAUAUUUACAUAACACUGUGUGGCGAGUUCGUAGUGCAAGAUAGCAAGCAAAGGUUGCUCUCGCAGUUCCAAUUAUUGUGUGUUGUUUUGUGUUUGUGUGUAUGAGUGCUGUUUUGUCCCAUUGAAACACACGGCAAGAAAGUGCAUGAGCAUCGAAUAAGAUCAAGUGGAAAACUAAUAAGAAAAUGUGCUAUUGGAAGCGAAGAUAAUCGACCACUGAAUGACAUACAAAUUUGUCGAGUUUUUUUUUUUUAGUGAGCGGAGAUUUGCGUCUUCGGUUGUCUUGGUGAAGGCAGAACCGUAAAAUUACGUGCACUGGAAAAGAGCGAGAGACGGCGAAGAAGAAAUCAGAGGAAUAGAGUGGAACUGCAGUGGUUGAAAGUAUUUCAUAUUUCCGAUAGUAGUAUUUUAUCGGGAAGUGUGACUCGUCGCCGUAUUCCAAUGUGGAUGAGCGGCAGGUGGAGCAGUUAUUUUCUUAGUUUCCGUUCGGUUUUUUCCUUUCAUUUGCAUACCAGUUCCGGCCGCAUGUGUCUGCUACUACAAUGCGAAAGCUAAGUGUCAACACGGGAGUAAUGUCAAGACAAUCCAAACAGGCACCUCAAGUGAAGAAGGUGAUGCCACCGGCUGUUCCGGACGCCUACGGAAGAACGACAACCGGUGCCGGAGCGGCGACACAUUUGCAGGUGGCAGCUUACGCAACAGCAGCGUCUGUUGCCGGUGGUAACUCAGUGGACGAUAACGGAGGUUUUAUCAUACAUCAGGAAACGCCCUCGUCGCUGAUGUUACGCUACGAUCAUACGGACUUUGCCGAUGAUCAAGGAAUUGAUCUCACGCAGUCGCCCGGUCGUGACAGUCCGAUCAGUCUGUCUGGAUCGGCUGGUUCCGGUUCGCGACAUUCGACGGCCAGUUUGGACUCGGGUCGAGCGUCUUCCUACCUAACGGGAGCAUCCACAUCUUCCAAUCGCAGUGCCGGUGGCUAUGGAACGCUCAAUUCUCCACGCUGCUCGGUCAGCUCGUGCUCGAUCGGCAGCGGUAAUCGGCUAAGCAAUCACUCCAAUCGCAGCGAUCACGACAUCAUUUCCGAAUGGCUGAUGGAAGUCCAUUUUCACGAGUAUACUUACCUAUUCCUGGAGGCGGGAUACGAUCUACCGACGAUAGCACGUAUGACUCCGGAAGAUCUGACGGCGAUCGGUAUCAAGCAACCGACCCAUCGAGAAAGACUGAAGCGACACAUUGAUGUGCUGAAACUACCUGAUACUUUGCCCAACUACGUUCCCGGUUCGAUCGAGGAAUGGCUGCGGUUGCUGAGACUGGAGGAAUACGUCCAGCCCCUGCUAGCCCAGGGUUACGAAACGGUUAACGAUGUCACGCAGCUGACGUGGGAAGAUCUAGAAGAUAUAGGAAUCGUAAAACUCGGCCAUCAAAAGAAGAUUCUACUCGCCAUUAAGCGCGUGAAAGAUAUCAUCAGUGGAAAGCUGGGCGUCCCUGCUUACGUAGGGACCGCCAUGCCACUGCCUCAACCAACGACGGCCGCCCUUCACUGUCAACCAAUGCGCGGCCCGCAGUUCGAUGAAUCCCUUGAGCCCAAACAGCUAACCUAUUCGACCUUCAUGCGGCAACCGGCCGUUCCGGGAACCGAUCCAUACUACUGUCAACAGCACCUUCCCCAGCCCCAGCAACAGAUCUCGUAUCCUCACGUUCACUUCGACGGUAACCAAGCAAUCUACCGUCGCAGUUCGUACGACGACAGUGACAUCACUCCAACGAACGAGAUGUCAUCGUUGAUGAGCGGCGAACAUCACGGGACGACGACGACAACCGCCGUCAACCAUCAGCAAUACUACCAGGGUGGCGGCACGCUGCCUCGACAGCACCAACGCAACAGCUACGGUGUUCGAUUAACCCUCUGUCAAAACCCGACCAGCACCACCCAACGACAACGACCGAUAGCGAAAAUUGUAGCAAAUAAUCUCAAACUGGCACCCACUUCGGAUGGUGGACCAGCUCCCCCCUACCCGAAUCCCAUCUCCAUCGGCCACAUCGAAAACGUCGAAAUGGCCACCGCCGCCCUAGACGCCAUGCAUUUCUCCAAUUACACGUCCUUCAACCACCAUCCGCUGAAAUACAACCCCACACCCCCUAGCCAACAACCUCAACCUAUCUACCACAAUCAAAUCAUCCUCCAACAACAACAACAGCAGCAACAGCAGCAACAACAACAACAACAACAACAACAACAGCAGCAGCAGCAGCAACAACAACAACAGCAACAAUUCUACUCCAACUACGCCGGCCAGACGCACCAAACGACCGUGGAGAUCCACAAAACCCAGCAUGACAACAAGAGCAACUCCAGCCUGGAGUCGAUCGAUCAGAUCCCCUUUGCGAACGAAAACGCCGGCACGAUCAAGCAGCGCUCGAUGAACCGGUGCGGCCCCGAUCAUCAUACCAUGCAGCACAUGCUGUCCCACUCGUCGUCAUCGACGUCGUCCUCGUCGUCGACGGGUUCGAUCACCACGACCCUGGCCGGUUGCAUCCAGCAGCUGUCGCCACCGCAGGCGGAUCCCCAAACUCCGUCGUCGUCGUCCAAUUGCUCAAAAACGGCCGGGAACAGCAACAACGGUAGUGUGAAGGGCUCGGCCAGCACGUCGCCGACGACGGUGGCCGCACAGGUUGGAGUCGUCGGGACCAACGUGCUGAACGACAUCGGCAACAUGCUGGCCAACCUGACGGACGAACUCGAUGCCAUGCUGGAGGAGGAGAACCGGGCCGGGAUUAGCGAUAUAGAGUAAAAUUUGUAAAUUCAAUGUCUACAAUCUUAAGCCAAGCUGAGUCAGACCGCGUUCGUACUGUGCCGCCAAGAGUCGUCGUGUGCAACCUGACAAACGGCACAUUUCACCCCGGAAAAAAAAUCACACAACAAUAGUCCCAGCACUGUCUUCAUCGUCGUCGUCGUCGUCAUCAGUGAUUCCGAUUGGAGGCACUAUCUUUCCUUUUAGCAGUGCUACAAUGGUUCGAGCAGUUGGUGAGCAACGAGAGUUGCGUUAGCUGAUGGGCUGAUAGUUGUUGCCAUUGGACCGGACAACGGGCAUAAGAAGAAUAGGUUCAUUUAGCAAAAUUGACCGAAGUUGGGGUUUAGAUUUUUUUUUUUUAAUUUUCAGCACCCUCCUCGGGAGCUCCUCAUGAGUUUGAAAACGAACAAAUCUACUUAAAAGCAACCGAAGGAAUCACCUCUUUCCCCGUCACAUUGGCGUUCGAGCCGUUCGAGCAAUAUAAUUGAGUUAUUCGGUAAACGCUGUCGGCUCUGUGUGCCUCACGGUUUGAGGUGAAACAUUCAAUCGGAUUAUGAGAGGCCAUGGCUGCCGGUUAGCAGCGGGAGGACUCGUUCGGUUCGAGAAACUAUAAUCAAGUUUUCAGACACUUUGAUUCGAACGGAAGUUUGCAAGCAUGAUAAUCGAUUGCGAAUAGCGCUGCCACCUGGUGGUGCGAGACCGUACACUGCUUCGGUUUGUUUACACUCUGCUGCCGAGAUGGUUUGGCAAAAGUCAUCAAAGAAGAAAGAGUGGUGCGAGCGUUUCUGUUUACAAAUCACGCAUUUCCAUUUCAAAAGAACACACAUCACAUCAGAAAGCCGCGCCUCUGAUGCUUUGUGCCGAAGGUGGAGCGUGGCACAAGUGUCAUUCGCUUGAUGAGAGUGGGGUGUCUCUUUUUUGUUGCUUUUGCUGUGCCGAAGGAGCACUACCAUCGUACCAAUUUAUGGGUGUCGUAAAUAAUAAACAGUAACGGCCAGGCACACGAACGGAGAGCAUCGGCUGCGCGAUUUUUGCGUGACAUUGUUGUUUGUUUUUUGUUCGAAUCGGUGUGGCGUGACCUCAUCGCGUCGCCCACCACUGACAGGUGAGAUGACGGUUGAUUACAAAUGUCAUCGCACCGGAAAACCGGAAAGGGUCGCUAUCGUCAUGCUUGCAGAUUUUCGGCCGAGGAGCUCGGGUGUUUAUUGCGAUAAUUUUUUGUUUUUUUUUAGGGAAGAGAACAUACACAAACGAACGAGGUGAGCGUGAUUUAUUUAUUUACUUAAACAAAGGAUAAUUUUAUAUUGCAUUUUUUAUACAACAAUUACACGAGAAGAAGAAACGGAUAGUUUUUUAGAACGAGUCGUCCUAUAAUUUUAAGAUGGUCUAUAUUUUAUUUUAGAAGAGAACCGAAGACGUUCGAAUGAACCACGAAUGAUAGCUAAAAGGGGGGAUCGAGAGGAAAGUAGUCCAGGAACUAAAAGUGCAUGACAUUUUAAAGAGCAUCGUAAAGCCGAGCGCAGUAAUUAUUUGACCGCAGACAUUCCUAUACUGAAAACGAACAGCAACAAAACAAGAAAUCGAAAAUCUUUCCAUAUUAUGAAACUAGAAACAGCAACAUUGAUAAAAAUAAAUCAACUAUUUGUACUAGAGAAGAAAAAGCAGAAAAAAAACCGUCGUAGUCGAAGACAAAAGCAGCGAGAGAAUCGAAUCAUCCAUAAACACCAGUUUAGUACCAGAUUUAUGAACCGAAGCAUUUCCAUAAACUAACCAAUAUUGAUAGAAAACAGAAAAAAAAAACUUACACGCAGAAGCUAAAAUGCAACAAUAACAAAAAAAAAAAUCAAUAUUUUUUUAGAAAAAGCCAUUUAAGUUUUCCUCGGCUCCGAUUAGAAGGAGUGGAAAACAGCAAACGCGCACCCAACAUUCUUUAUUUACAAACAAAUUCAUCAUUUUUCGACGGAAGAAGAGAACACGCGUGCUCCGGUCCGAAUGAUCCCGGAAUAGAAAAUCCAAGACGGCCGGGAGAUUUUUUAAUAGUUUUCAUUUGUUAUGAGCUGUUCAUGGCAUGCUGUGUGUGGCAGGGGCAGCAAGAAUCGGUAUAAAGUGCAACCAGAUGUAGAUUGGAAAUCCCAGAAAUAGACCCAACAGCAGCAGCAGCAGGUCAUCUUCCGUGUGUUGGCGUCGCAGUUUUUUUUCUUUCUCUCUCUGUCUCUAUUAAGAAGCAUGAAAGAUGUGGCUCAUUUGUUACGGUUAGAACACACGUGUUCGAGAAGUUUUAAAAGCAAAUUGGAACGAGCUGUUGAAAGCGGCUAUGGGCCAUAAAAAUCACACACGUUCCCGUCGUGUAUUCUCUGUAUGCUUUCGGUUUGUUUGGCAGCGGAUUGCAAGAUGUGGGAUUGGGAUAGAGCUCCUAGCUGUGUGUCGCCGUGAAGAAUCAAUCUCACCAAUAAAGGGGGAAAAUGGGGUUAAUCCGAAUGGAUUGAGCAAUCGCGACUUUGGGCGAUCCGCUUUCGGUAUAGGAGUUGAGGAGGGAAUUCUUUUUUUCUCCCGAAACAAGGUGCGAUUGGCGCAGUGUCAUAUGGUGGGAUUGAACGUAGGUGGGUUGUGAAAUUUUAAAGUUGGAAAUGGGAUUGGGAGUAAAACGAAGUUCUGAGGGGGAAGAAAAUUUAAUUACUUUAAGUGGGUUUAACUGUAUUUUACUCGAGAUGGAAGAUUGUCAAUGCCAAGGAAAUGCAUUCACCAAGGUGAAAGAUGAUAAACAUCCAGAGCAUUAUCGACAACUUGUUGUUAGCUCAAAAUUAAAAUUUGUCAAACAUUACUUCACACAAGAUAUUAAUACCAAGCCUCGAUUAAAGCAUCAUCAUACUAUUUGGCUCGCGAUGACAGUUCGUAACAGUUUGUGUUUGACUCGUUCUGACGGUCAUAUUUUCCAAGUCCUGGAUCUCCUUCCCAGGUUAAUGCCAUAUUUCGCGUAAAUGUUAGCGCAAUAUCGCGUAAUCAGCACUGUUAUAACAAGGCCAACAAUUGAAAAGGCCUCAACUCCAUUUUGUAAACAAACCUUGUAAGGAAAUUUUCUCCCGAACCGAAACCUACAUUCGCAAACCUAAAACACAAUCGGGGAGAGGAUAAUUUGGUUUGCGUUGGCGGACUUCGGUUUGCGAAAAAUGCCUUGUUUACAAAAUAAAGUUGAGGUUUUUUCAAUUGUUGGUCUUAAUAUAUAAGCAUCCAAACAAUUUCGAUAUUUAAAACAGCUACAAAACUAAACGAGGGGAGAUUUUACGCAAUGGUUAUUUCGAAAACUUUCUUCAUUAAGGUUGUUUUCCAUUUGGUGAAUUUUCACUUAAAUAUGACAGAUGGAAAAUUGCAUCAGACUUAUUUCUGACUGAUCAGGAAUCAAUUUUGACAAACAGCUUCCCGAAAAUCGGACAAUCAACAACAGAGGGAUUUUCGAACAUUAUAAUUUAUUUUCGAAGUGUCAAAUUUAGGUGAAAUUUUCCAAAUGGAACACAACCUUAAGCUCUGAACUAUUUGGGGGAUUCUUUAACUUUUAGUUAAAAUUUGACCGAUGGAAACUUAUCGAUUAACCCUGCUAUGGGUUAUUCAGGGCUGUUACAAGUUACAACAGGUGCGGAUUUCGUGAAUUUCGCGGAUUUGUCGCGGAUUUGAACCUUAAAAUCAAAAUUUCAAAGUUCGGCUCUGCUCCUUCUACGAGUUUUAAGGUGAGAAUUUCAAGAAAAUUCAGAGAGGCUUGACAAUUUUGGAGGAUUUCGCGAAAGAUUCAGAGAACUUCAAGGAGAAUGUUCAGUCGUCUUCCGGGAGCAAGCAUUUUAGAAAACUGGACUUCAAGUAGAAGCUCCGAUAUCUUGAUGUAAGAAGUUCAGAGAACUUCGGAAAAGUGUCCAGAGAAGUUCUUCAUUCAGAAAAAAGUUCAGGGAACUUGAAAAAAGUGUUUCAGAAGAAAUUUAAGAGAGAUUCACGAAGAAGCUCAGUGAGAACUCAAGAAGAAGAAGAAGUUCAGUGAGCAGUAGAAAAGUAUUCAGAGAUGUUCAGGGAGAAAUUUAGAGAACAUUAAGGAGUAGUUCAUGAAGAAGUUCGGAUAGCUUCAGGGAGAAGUUCAAUGAAAUUCAGGAAGAAGAUUAGAAAAAUGUUCAGAGUUCUCGGUUAUAAGUUCAGAAAACUUCUAGUAGAAGUUAAGAAAUCUUAAAGCAUAGUUACGGAAAACUUCAGGAAGAAGUUUUGCGAGAGUUAGAAAAACGAUCAGAAAUCUUCAGGGAGAAGUUCAGAGCUGUUCAGAUAUGAUUUCAGAGAACUUCAAGUAGAAGCUCAGCAGACAAGAAGUUCGAUGAGAUUCUCAAAAAUUCAAAGAUUUUUUUUCGAAGAUGUAAAGAGAAUUUGAACUUCAGGAACAACGUGCAGAGAUCUUAAGCAAGAAGUUCAAAGCGAAGUGAUCGGAAAUCUUCAAGAGAACUUCAGAGAUCUUCUAGCACCAUUUAUGAAAGCUUCAAGAAGCUCAGUUGACCUUAACUAGAGGUUUAAUGAGAUUCAGACAAAUUUUCACGGACUUUUGGAGGAAGUUUAGAGCAUCUCCAGUAGCAGCUCAAAGAACUUUAACGAGGAGCUACGAGAAAUUUAUAAAAAAUGUUCAGAGAACUUCUGGAAAGAGUUCAGAGACACUUAGCAUCAUGAUCAGAGAUCUUCAGGAAAAAGAUCGGAGAACGUCAAAUACAGAGAACUUCAAGUAGAAGUUCAGAGAGCUUGAAAGUAGAAGUUCAGAGAGCUUGCAAGUAGAAGUUCAGAGAACUUGCAAGUAGAAGUUUAGAGAACUUCAAGUAGAAUUUCAGGGAGCUCCGAACUGAUGAUCAUAAAUCUUCCGGGAGCUCCAGGAGAAUGUUCAGCAAACCUCAGGAAAGAUUUAAAGUAGAACAUCAGAGAACUUCAAGUAGUUGCUCAGAGGUGAUUCAUGGAAAAGUUCAGAGAACUUUGGAAAGAUGUUCAAUGAACUUCAAAUAGAAGUUAAGAGAACUGCAAGUAGCUGUUCAGGGAACGUCAAGUAGAAGUUCAGAAAUCUUCAAGUAGCAGUUCUGACAGCUCCGAAAAAAUGUUUAGAGAACUUCAGGAAAAUGAGGCCCGGUGGACUUCAAUCAAGUUGAAGUUCAGAGAACUUUGGAAAGUUGUUCUGAGAACUUUAGGGUGAAGUUCAGAAAGCUUCAGUAAAAUGUUCAGAUAUCUUCCAGUAGAAAUGGAAAGAUGUUUCGAUAACUUCAGGAAGAAGCUCAGAGAGCUGCAUGGAGAAGUAUGAAGGGUUUGUAAGAAGUUUAGAGAUAAAUGCAGAGAACUUUAGAGAGAGGCUUUCGUUUAGUUCUGAGCGUAGUUGCGAGAACUUCAAAGAGGAAUUCCGAGGGCUUCAGAAAUAUAUUUAAAUGGAAGCUUAGAGAACUACGCUUAUGUUCAGACAAGUUCAAAAAAAUGUUCAAAGAAUUUUGAAAACCUUCCUGGAGAAGUUCAAAUAACUCCAGAGAAAGGUUCAGAGCACUUCAGAUGUGAGUUCAGGUAAAUUAUGCCAAACGACUGUAUGUUAAACGGCUCAGCGUUCAUCAAUGUGCACAGUGAUGGAAAAGUUCGCAAAAAAUCACUAUGACUCGCGAACUUUUCCCUUGGAGAACUUCGUGAAAUAUCGCGAACUUUUCCAACACUGAAUGUGCAUCUGAAUUUUAUGGAAAUUUUGGUGUUGUACAAUUUUGUCAGACGAGUGUCCGUUAACUGCAACUUGUAUCAUGGACAUUUAGCUCGAAGAAAUCUCAGUUAACAGUCUUUCACUUUCCGUGCGUACUGUGAUUGUUUUUUAUGAAACUCGUCAAAACAUUCAAGGCUGUUGAAGUGAUCUAGCUUAAUGAUAAGUCAGUUUGUUCCGAGGGGAGCGACUCUAUCUAAGAUGCAGGAACAUUUUUGCUUUGCUGUUGUGGGAUGCGCACCCUCUUUUUCGAUAGUAGGGAAGUUGAUGAAGAUUUUGAAGAUUUCCUGCAAAAACGUGGGGAGCGAUGCAAGUUGAUGGAUUUAGAUGCAAGAGAUGAAACAAGAUUUUUCAUAGAUUGAUUCGCUAUCGUGAGAUUUUUUUAGAUUUAGAUGUGUUGCGCCCAACGGUUUGUUUCCACUAAUUCAUAACAUUCAAUAUAAGACUGCAUCUUGAUUAGCGAGUAUUUCACGAAAAUUCAGUGGAAAAUUCCAAGAAAAUUCUUAGAAAAGUUUAGAGGGAAUCUGAGGAAGUUCUUAGCAGAAUUUAAAGGGAAUUCAUAUGAGAGUUUCAAGGGAAUAUUGGAGAAUUCCGUGGAGAGUAAAGUUACAAAUAAAUUCAGAAGAUACUGGCACGGAUUAUCUGAAUAGAUAUUUAAGGAUUUUCUGGAAGUACUAAUAGGAAGUUCUGAGGAGGAUUCCGAGGGAAAUUUCAAGAAAAUUCCCAAGAAACCUAAUUCUUAACGCAAUUCUGAUGCGAAGUGUACCAAGCGACUUCUUAAGAAUUCACCAAGCUAUAUUUAAAGAGAAUUAUUGAGAGAAAUUGAAGCGAGUUUUUUUUUAAAGACUACUGAACAUUCGAAGGGAUCGAAUUCUAAUAGUUUUCUGUAGAGGCUUCUCAGAGAAAUUCAAAAAAAAAAAAAUUAAGAGUCGUUCAGGAAUGAGUACAUAGAGAUCAGUAGCACACUGUUCAAAUAAUAACCACAGGAAGAAUUUAAAGAACUUCAGAGGGAGGUUCUGCGAGGUUCCAAAAACUUUUCAGAGAAGUUCAGAGAGUUUUAGGAAAAAGUUAGGAGUAUUUCAGAGACCCUCAUGGAGAAUUUAAGAAAAUUUUAGCGAACUUUGGCAAAAGUUUAGAAAAAUUAAAGGUAAAGAUCUGAUAUUUUCUGGUAAAUUAGAGCUUCCGAGAAGUUCAUAGUAUAGUUCACUUUCGGGAGAUGCUGAGAGAGUUUCAAAUUCAAGUAUAACUUCACAGAGAUACUCAAGGAACUACAGAGAGAAGUUCUGAGAACCUCGGAGAACUUAAGAGGCAUUCAGAGAGAAGUUCCGAAAUGUUCAAACCGAUCAGUGUGGCAUCCACUUCUGGCAAUUUUAAAGAAUUUUUGAAAAAAGGUUCAGAGUAGUUCAGAAAGAAUUUCAGGGAAAAUGAGAAUAAUCAUUACAAUUGAUAUAAAUGAGUUGCUCAAAAGUUUCAGUUCUCAAUUCUCUUCCAGAGAUAAUUUUGAGCCGUACACUUCAAUGAUCGAUAUUCCGUAGAUUCUCGCUUUCCUGUCGAGCGAACAUAGUUCUAUUAAUAAACUUCAUCGUUCAGAUAAAACCAAACACAAAACUGGAAACUGUGAUGAAAAUCAAAACACCACACUCAGUCGUCACAAUAUUGUUCAUUCUGUAUACAAAAGAAAUGCAGAAGAACAGCGGAACUAGAGCCUGCUAAAAAUAGCUCCCCUUCGCCGCACACGCCGGGUCUGAUAUGAUUUACAUCACAUCUUUAUUGCCGCUGCCGUUGUUGUCCUUAGCAAAUGCACCGUGUAAUGAACGUCUGAUUUGAAAUCUACGUUUAAACACACACGCACGUUGAUUCUGAUACUGUCGCAGCAGCCAUCUCUACAACACUGUCAAAACACAUUGAAUCAAUCGAACCGAUCGCAGUAGGCGCAGAGUGCGCGCGUGUUCCAUUUUCCGCGAUAAAUGACUUAAAAACAACCGCUGCCUUGCCAAAAUCUCAAUUUGUUUAGAACUGACAGCCUAGCAUGAAUAACUAUACUACUCUAAUAGCUUUCAGUUUCCGUUCCGUUCCCGUUCCUGCCCACGUACAUAUUCAUAUAAGCAAUUCUUUCCGUACGAAGAGUAAUGAUGAAUGGUAGUGUAUUUCUGAAUGCAGGAGCGUUAGAGAGUUGAUGUAAUUUGUAGAAAACAAAAAAAAACAAUUGAAAACAAAUCAAAAGUGUGUAAUUAGUAAUUUACAUGGCGUAACGCAAGUGGAAUAACAAAACAUACAACGUGUAAGUAAACAAACAAACAAACAAACAAACAAACAAGCAUAAAACGUUCUAUAUAAAUGGUUUAAACGUUUUCUUAGCAACAAAAACUAAGAAGAAAACAAAACAAACUCCAUUAGUGAUAGCUAGUUUAGGGUCCUAUUUUUGUUCGUUGUUGUACGCUACGUCAAUCUCCCUGAAUUUUCCUUAGUAUUUGUGCGGAAUCAAAGCUAAAAAAAAUAACCUUCGUAUCUCUUUCUUAAA